AUGUUGAGACUGAAAAAAGUGGAAACACUUACAGCUGGCAAGCUUUUUGAAGCAGCUUGUCUUAAAGCAAGAACGGAUAUUCUUGUUCAUUUGCAAGGAACAGGAAGAGAUUUGCCUGCAAUGGAACCUUGGUAUCACCACAGUUGCUACAUGGAUUUGACAAGAUUUCUUUCCAAGCCAGAAAAAAAUCUUGAAGUGAGUUGUCACUACAUGAAGGCAUAUGAGAAGUUUUGCAAAACUGUUGUCGUGCCACAGAUUCUGAAGGAUAAGCAUAUCUUGUUGUUGAAGUCGUUGACAGAAUCCUUUGUGAAGAUGGUAAAGGAAGUUGAAGAUAUUGAUACACAGUAUCGCUCCUCCAACCUAAAGAAGCAUUAAGUAAUACAUAUCCUCAAUUACAGUUAACCUAUGACACUAGAAUGGGAUAUAUUGUUUACUCAGGGGCCAUUAGUUCUGCAGAUCUAGUCAAAGAUCAUGUUGGACAAAUGUCUACAGAUUACAGCAGUGAAGAAGAUGAACCCGACAACAAACCUGAUGAACAGUCGCAACUCCAUUAUGCACCCAUGCAAUCAAGAUGA